AUGGCGAGUUGGAAAAAGCGUGAGAUGGAUGAUUCAACAACUGAAUCAGAGCAACUAACGGACGCCGAAGUUAAUCAAGUGGACACAUGGCAUCACAAGGAGGGGAACGAGACGCGCGGCGCUCCUGCGGAAACGGCGACUUACUCGACAAACCCUAAAGUUCCCGAAGCAGAGCCAGAAGAAGACUUCCCGCUCAUCGCUGCUGGGUCGCCUUCAGCUAACGACAAUGCGGGUUUCUUUAAACCGGUUGCGGCGUUACCGCAUCAGAUUUCGGACGAAUCUUCUGCUGCGCCUGCGCCGACUUCCGCGUUCGAUGCUCCGCAUAAUGUAUCAGCCGCAACUCCAACUGCAGCAUGUCGGAAGAGCGACGAGAAUGUGGACACCAUGCAGGGUACUUACCCCUGCAAAAUCCCAAUUACACUCAAGGAAAAAGAGCUGUCGUGGAAUGACCUGGUGUCUCUUUUGGACCUGGAUGAUGCCGACGCCCACCUAACAGCAGGUGCUGACGCCAGCGAGCUGAUGGGUGACGUCAGCGCCAGUCGUCUGAGCGGGUACGGAAGCAGCCAAGGUGAAGCAGAAACGAGCACGGAGAAUGGGGAUGCCAAUAACGAGGAUGGCAUGAAGGGAUAUUCUGGCCUGGAGCUGGGUAAUGGGCCGUUUGGAGUGGAGGGGACUGAAGAGAAGGCAGCCGAGAGGACGUGUUUCGAUGGGAUUGGCAUGGAGGGUCAGAUUGAGGGGCUAUUGACCCACGACAGUGACGAAAGAAACAACUAUGACAAGAUAGUAGACGUUUGCGAUAUCGCAGCUGCAUUGCCUACCAAUGCGCCUUCCGUGGCUGUGGAGUUGCAGCCUUCACCAGAUCCACCUGCUGUCUUCCAUGACUGUGCUCGCAUUGCCCCUGAUUCCAACUCCUUCGGCUCUGAUUCUCUCUCCGCCUGUGCCGAACGCACAAGCGCUGCCGCUGCUGCUGCCUGUGCCACGUCAGCAUCCGUGUUCCUCCCCAUCCCCAUGGAGCCUGCUUCUCCCAGCCGCUUUGUGGUAACGGGGUUACCAGCUCUGGUGCUCCCCCUUCCUGGCAGCGACGGCAGCACGUGCAGCGAUGAUUGCGACCAUAUGUGCAGCACUGGUUACGACACAGGCGUAUAUGGAGACUGCAAGGAAGAUUAUAAGCGGGAUUGCAAGGGGGAGUGCAACAGCAGAGGUUCAUUUUCUCCUUAUGAGUCCACUGUGCUCACCUCUGGCUCCCCAAGCACGCCCCCCCGACUCGACCGCAUGGGGCUUCCCUCGGGUGUAGCCGACUCAGAGGAGCAGUGGCCAUUUGAUUCGAUUGCCGCUCCUCAUGAUACCAUUGCUGUCAAGAAAGAGGUUGUUGACCUGGAUGCUGACGUGGAUGCUGACAUGGGUGCUGACAUGGGUGCUGACGUGGCUGCUGACGUGGCUGCUGACGUGGCUGCUGACGUGUACGCAAGCAGCAGAGCAAAUGAGUGGUACGGGUACUGGAAGCGGGAGAGUGGAGGAGCGGUGCCAGCUGUUGUUGCCGCCAUGCAGAAAUCCAGACGGCGGGCGGCCAACAGAGCAUCAGCCAAGCGCAAUCGCAUUCGACAGCAGCAGCACCUGCAGAAGCUGGAAUGCGAGGUAUGGCACCCACUAGCAUCAUCUUUUUUGGAGGCCCUUUUUAGGCACUGCAUUUGGCAGCAGCAGCACCUGCAGAGGCUGGAAUGA